AUGACAGAGAGAUUGUUGCUUUUGUUUUGGUUUUUUAUUCUUUUUAUUUCUUAUGGAAAAUCAGAGAAAGAUGAGGAUGAAGUUUACAAACCAGACAUAAGUGAUGUUCAUGGAGUGUUGGACCGUCCUCAAUUAAAUCCAUAUAAAUCGACCGUAGUGGUAGAAGCUGGACCUUGUAGUGUCACUUGCGGCAAUGGCGUCAGGAUGGAGAAGCGAUGCUUGGUCGAUUCCAAUGGCAAGACCUCCGAUUGUGAGAAAGUGAUGGCGCCCUGUAGCCUGAACGAUCUGUGUCAAAUGGCAACGUUCCAGAAAGAGCCCGGGGAUACAGUAUCCCUGGAGUGUGUGAAAAAGGAGGAGAUGGAGCAACUGGGAGACGUAAAUGUCUUCUGGAAAGUGGCUAAAGGCGUCAUAACCAACGACGCUAAUGUCUUCUAUCCCUUAAAACUUUCAAACCACACCAUCACAAUUUCUAACCUUCGCCUGCGAGAUACUGGCACUUACCGCUGUGAUGUGCAAAGAAAGCAGGAUGGCAUUUUGGCAAAGCAGCUUUAUUUUGGGGUCAAGAUGAAUGACCCUAAGAUGAUGGACUUUCAAUUCCAAAGAUAUGUCAAAAACAAGCUGUUUCUAGCAGGGGUGGCAGAAUUAGAGACAAAGGCCCCUGACAUUAAGGAGAAAUCCUCAGAGUCAGUAAAUAAGAAGCUGCUUAUUAUUUUUGGUGCUGGUAUUGGUACAGGGGUUAUGAUUUCUAUUGUUAUCUUUGCAUUGUUGCUGCGCUUGUGCAGAGCCAAACGCCAGGAGUCUGUGGAAGAGGCUGUAUAG